AUGCCUCGAGGAAAACAAAUGGACGAAUCGGCCAAGAUCAAGGCCCUCUGCGAGAUGAUGGCGACGUGUGAGAGCUUCCGUGUCAAUCCGACUGCUAUGGCAGACUUUUUCGACGUCGAGAGCACCAGAACAAUUCACCGCAAACUUGACACCAUGGUUCGACCAUACGGGUACGAGCUCAAGAGAGGCCGUAUGAGGAAGAAGAAGGUCGAGAAGAGCCAGGCAGAGGACGAGGACGAAGAAGACGGCGAGGAAGUGAACGAAGACAAAGACGAGGAGAUGGCAGCUUCUGAGUCCGAAGAAGACGACGACGAUGACGACGACAUGAGCAUGGAAGAGGCCGAGGAGGCAGAGGAGGCCGAGGAGGUCGAGGACGACGUGCAGGGCGAGGAAGAGCCUGUCCUUGCUCGUAAAGAGGAUGGAGAGAUGGACAACGACGAGUAG